AUGCCCAGUAAAGGGGUCCAAGUCUUCACUUACAUCGGUGUACCCGAUAUCUCCAUUGAGCUCUCGGUCCCCAAACAAACCAUCACCCGACGAGACCAAGGCUUCUGGAGUGGCUCCCUCGAAGUCGAAGCCCGCAACAUCGAUAGUUUCUUCAACAAAAAAGGUCGCUUCACCUUCAAAGUCUUCCACCGCGGCAACCAAAUCACAGAACAAUGGAUCGACGUCAACGCCCUAACCGGCAACGCCAGCGGCGGCACAAUGGAAUCCAUAGCCGAAACACCCUCCAUCUUCCACGACAACUUCAUCAUCUCCUACGGCCUCUACGAAGCCGGGCCCGGUCAUGACCCCCUUCCCAACCAACACCAAUGCUACGUGACCGUGACCCAAAACUACACCAACUGGAUCACCAACCUCGCCCCCCCAGGCUCAGAUUUUGAAAAGAAACCCUUCCACCGCCUCGUCCUCCCCUCCGCUCACGACGUGGGCAUGAACAGCAUGGAAUCCAGCGCCGCCCUCCUCCGCAAAGUAGGCGGCGCCGUCGUCUCAACAAUGCUCACCCGCACCGACGACAAGAUCUGCCGGGUGGUCGACAAGCUCUCGGGGUACCCCAUCGAGCUCAUAGCCCCCAAUAUCAUCUACAGCCUCUCCAUCACGCAAAAAGACUCGUUGGAAUCCAUGCUCCGGAUCGGAGCGCGGUACUUUGAGUUUCGUCCCGCCAGACUCCACAGCAGCAUCCGUGGCCGGGACGCGUUGCCGGACAAGCUGUAUUUUAUGCACAGCGCCAUCCCAGGUAUGGGGUAUGACACUUUCCUGGAAGGCAUCGUCAAGUUCCUCCGUGCCAACAAGAAUGAAAUAAUCGUGGUGCAACUCCGGUGGGAUGGCGUCCCGUCUGACUGUGCCCAUCCUUCCAGCGAGGAGAAGAAGCAGUAUCUUGAGAAGGCGAUCCGUGAUCAUGCCGGGGGUGAGAUCAACGUGGGCAAUCUGGAUGACAUGAAACACCGGACUAUUUCUGAGUUGAGGAGGGAUAAGAAGAGGUUGCUUAUGCUUGAUAGUGUGGAUACUUUGUCGACUUAUACUGAAGAUGGAAAUGCCACGAUCAACGGGCAGAGUAUUGUGGAUGCUUUCCCGCGGGUGUUGGAGGAUAGGGGGGCGCAGAGGAGGGCUGGGUUUGUGUUGAUCCAGUGUCAGGCUACGGCGACUAAUAUCCAGAAGGCGCUGUUGCAUUCGAUAAAGGAUGCGGGGGUGACGACGAGUGUGUUGUUGGCGACGAAGGGGUUGUGCGAUCAUAAGACGCUGCCGUGGUGUAGGGAUAAUGUGGUGGAUCGGUGUGAGCUGGGGAAGACGGUGGUGUUGAUGAAUGAUUGGCUUGAUGGGGCGACGGUGGAUGUGGCGGUUGGGCUGAGUAGGAGGAGGUUGGCAAAAUGA